AGCGAGAUGGAUUUUGGCGAAGAUUCUGCAAAUGUUCUCAUCGAUGAAACAUUUGAUCUGCAUAUAGUUUUCUGUUUCCAAAACUAAAAUUGGUAACAGAGUGGUAUGCGUUUCGUUUAAUGUACCCUUUGCCAAGGUUUCUAAAAAUUGCGAUGUUUAAAAGGAGUGCAAGAGCGGGCUUAUUGUUAUUGCACAUGCGCAGUUUAGAGUAGGCGUUCCCUAACGAAAAUAUGCAAAUACAUUCUAAAACGCGCCAAUAGGAUCUCACUAGCUUGUGCUUGGCUCUGCCCACCUCCGUGCCUGUGCUGCAGACUAUGAUUAAUUUGCUCCAUUGGAAACGACAGGCUCUGGUCUAUCUUGGGUUAGUUAUAAAAAUCUUUCGUCCUACCUUCAGUUAUCACGGAAAAUCGUAUGAAUGUAAACAAAAGUUGUACGGAUUAUUCUCGUUUUUACAUCACAAGCAAUUCAUAUGCAUCUUCUUUUCAAAUGUCGGGGAUAUCUUAUUCAUGACGUGUGCGCUUUGUAGUUUGUAGACUGUCCGCAAAUUUGUACAUUCCGAGGAGGCUCUUCUUGACACUUCAUAUAGAGCUUGACAUAAUCAAAAUAGAACGUUUCACUUGGAAGAGGUUGAGUUGCAUCAGUGGCACCAGUGUUAGUGUAUAAAAUGUCUGACUCUAUUAUUUUAGCACUGAUAGUGUUUCUCAUCUUGUGUUUGAUUGUAACGGUGGUUGCAGCUGUUGUGUACUCUGGGCUGUUCACUGAGGUCAAUAUCAAGACAGGGUCGCCUUAUAUCAAAAACGUUACUAUUGCCUACAAAUUCCAUAAAGGACCGCAUAAAGACUGUGGUGCAGCCUUCACAGAGACUGUCAGUAUUGGGCCAAAGCUCAAUACCAUCCGUGUGUCCUACGAUGACUCCACAGAGGUGCCCGAUGACCAGUGUCGCUACAUCAUUGGCAGUAUCCUGAGCGAGGGAGAUGAAAAGCCUGACGAAGAGCUCCAGAAGCUGUAUGAGAAGUUUGGCUUCAAUGUGCUGUCCUUCCCCGAGGUGUCCCUGGCUGUGACCACCACCUUCCCCUCCACCACCCCCCUGUCCCACUGGCUGGCACCCUUCAGAGUCUACCCCGAACUCCGCAACUACAUCAUGGAGAAGCAACUCCAUGCCUGGCCAUUCAUUGAGAUCAAUACAGGGGACCUAACGCACUACAUUGCUCCGCUGUCCUCCCAGAGCGGCUUCCACCACACUGGUUUCGUUGUGCCUGAGCUCGUCACACAGACAGCGGCCAAGACACCGGUGACAGAGGAGUCCUUGGACCAGGACAGAGGGACGGAUAUUUCAGGUGCAGAGUCCCACAGUGAUAUCAGCAGCAAGCUGAGCAGCCAAGCGCAGUCAAAGAGCACAGAGACGUCUCUGGCCCCGUCCUCCGCCUCCUCUCUGCCCCACAGGGACCAGGGGGACGGGGUCGAACAGGGGCAGGGUGGAGAGCACAGGGAGCCAAGUGAAAAGGGGCAUGGGGACAGGGGCUCCAGCGAGUCAGUGGGCAGCGGCUCCUCCUUUGAGGAACUGGACUUGGUGGAAGAGAUGGUGGAGGAGCUGGAGAGAGAGUUAGGGAGGGAGGAGGAAGGCCCCACAGUGAAGGAAGAAGCCAGGGAAGCCCCAGUAGAGGCUGUAGCUGAGGAGAGGGAGCCCGUAGGGGAUGGAGAGGAGUAAAAGAGGAUGGAUGGAGCAAACUCCUCGGGUUUGAUCCUUUUAAGGUGGGAGUGAGAUGUCUUCAGCUAAUCUUGUCUUUUAUGUCAACUUGUUGGUGGAUCUGUAGCCAUAAUAUUUAUCAUGACAGACAUGACAUCUAUUUCUGGACCUUUUGAACUUUCCUGUAUGUUAAACUGUAAUGUCUGAGUGAUAAUGACAAAACAAAGAUGGGUUGAUCAACAUUAAACAGAACUGUUGUAGGAGAUGAUACAUUCACCAGUAGAAAUUGAUAAACUCUUUGAGGGGACAAAAAUAUUGUUACAAUAUACUUGUGGGACUGAUGAAAGUCAAUAUUUCUUUUGAUUGAUCAUCUCCCAUCAUAGUAGGCACACAUUUUAUGUAAGAUCAUUUGUUUAUAUAUAAAUAUAAAUAAUUGAAUAUACUGUAUUUAAUCGAAUACAGUAUAUUUUUAGACAGUGGUCACCAAUCGGUCGAUCAAUGCAUUCCUAGUUGAUCACCUAACUGAAAAGCCAACGAUAAAGGCUGCCACUCCUUUUUUGUGUGUGUGUUGUGCUGUUGGUGGUACAGUAGGUCCACUUGAUUCAGAAGCCCUGUGCGCCGGGGAGGAGAAGUGUUCCCAUUUUUAAACAUUUAAUUUGUCUGAAAAGACUAACUCCGCCUACCCUGUGGACCGUGAGAUCUGUGGCUAAAUCAAGUGUGCCUACUGACUGACCAAUUGGAUAGCUCAAAUCAUGUACCUACAGCUUCCAGGACCCUGGCCACAGUAGUUUUAUUCUAGCCUAAUGAAAUUUCAUAUAAUUUAAAACAAUGACCAUGGAGAGACUAUCAAAUAAUACAGCAAAUAGCUGAUGUUUUUAUGUGUGAGGUCAUGUCCAAGUUUGUAUUCCGCACUGUCAACACUGUUUUUAUUCAACGCUAUUACAAAACAUAAAACACGCUUCUUUCUCCCUGCUUCCAUUCUCAAUGCAGCUGCAAUGAAUGAGCAGCCAAGUGUAUCGAUGCCCUGUGUUUUUAUUAUUAUUUGCAUCUCAUCAUGUCUAUUUUAAUAUCAAGGAAUAUUUCACUUUCUCUGGUCAUAGGAACAACAUGAGUUUGUGCAUAAGGCAGAUGUAGUGUGACUCGACUUUUGCCAUCAGGUGGAAGAUGUUUUCCCGAUUUCAUGUAAUGGACAUAUACAAAAUAUUCCAAAUUUGUGAAAUUAAAUGAAAAAAAAUUACUUGUUUCAAAAAAUAAAAAAAAUGAAAAGUGGUGCGUGUAUACGUAUUCACCCCCUUUGCUAUGAAGCCCCUAAAUAACAUCUGGUGCAACCAAUUACCUUUAUAAGUCACAUAAUUUGUUAGAUUGCACACAGGUGGACUUUAUUUAAGUGUCACAUAAUCUGUCACAUAAUCUCAGUAUAUAUACAACUGUUCUGAAAGGCUCCAGAAUCUGCAACACCACUAAGCAAGUGACACCAUGAAGACCCAGGAGCUCUCCAAACAGGUCAGGGACAAGUUGUGGAGAAGUACAGAUCAGGGUUGCGUUAUAAAAAAAUAUCAGAAACUUUGAACAUCCCACAGAGCACCAUUAAAUCCAUGAUUAAAAAAUGGAAAGAAUAUGGCACCACAACAAACCUCCCAAGAGAGGACCGCCCACCAAAACUCACGGACCAGGCAAGGAGGGCAUUAAUGAGGGAGGCAACAAAGAAACAAGAGAUAACCCUGAAGGAGCUGCAAAGGUCCACAGCGGAGAUGGGAGUAUCUGUCCACUUUAAGCCGUGCACUCCAAAGAGCCGGGCUUAAUGGAAGAGUGGCCAGAAAAAAGCCAUUGCUUAAAGAAAAAAAGAGAAAAAAAAUGGUGUUCAUCAAAAGGCAUGAGGGAGACUCCCCAAACAUAUAGAAGAAGGUACUCUGGUCAGAUGAGACUAAAAUUUAGCUUUUUGGCCAUCAAGAAAAACAAUAUGUCUGGCACAAACCCAAACCUCUCAUCACCCUGAGAACACCAUCCCCAAAGUGAAGCAUGGUGGUGGCAGCAUCAUGCUGUGGGGAUGUUUUUCAUCGGCAGGGACUGGGAAACUGGUCAGAAUUGAAGGAAUGAUGGAUGGCGCUAAAUACAGGGAAAUUCUUGAGGGAAAACUGUUUCACUCUUCCAGAGAUUUGAGACUGGGAUGGAGGUUCACCUUCCAGCAGGACAAUGACCCUAAGCCUACUGCUAAAGCAACACUCGAGUGGUUUAAGGGGAAACAUUUAAAUGUCUCUGAAUGGCCUAGUCAAAGCCCAAACCUCAAUCCAAUUGAGAAUCUGUGGUAUGACAUAAAGAUUGCUGUACACCAGCAGAACCCAUCCAACUUGAAGGAGCUGGAGCAGUUUUGCCUUGAAGGAUGGGCAAAAUUCCAAGUGGCUAGAUGUGAGACUUGCAGCUGGGGGAUAGUUAUGCACGCUCAUGUUUUCUGGUUUCUUAUCUUAUUUCUUGUUUGUUUCACAAUAAAACAUAUUUUGCAUCUUCAAAGUGGUAGGCAUGUUGUGUAAAUCAAAUUAUACAGGUUGUAAGGCAACAAAAUAGGAAAAAUGCCAAGGGGGGUGAAGACUUUCACAAGCCACUGUAUGGUCUGAGAAGAACAAUAUUGGCAGUUCACUGUAUUAGGCCUACUGCACAAACCUCAUUCCUACAUAUCUGUUUUUAUUAGGUUAACGUUACAUUUUUUAAGUCAUGUUUAAAAAGAAACUUUUGACUGCGAAUGUGAUCUUGACUCAGAAAAGAUUGGUGACCACUGGAUUAAGAUGAACAACCACUAUAUGAAGGAAUUGUAUGCAUUUAGUUGUGAAGGAUUUGUAAUUUUAUCUACCUACAUAUCAUAAUCAUGAUCAGAUCUGUUCUAUUACUUUAGCCUAGGUGUUUCCGGUGUAGAAACUUGUUCAACUACUCUGGUCUGUCAUGUGUACCAACAUAAUCUUUACUUUUUGACUUGAAUCAGGGAUAUACUGAGUUCUUCCCUUAUUUUAGGUAUAACAACUUCCUUUAUAGCAUGAUAAUCCUAUGAUCUAGACAUUGGGCUCACUCCAUUUGCUAUUGUCACGUGUUAUUCUGUUUGGUCUUUCGUCUUGGGCUUUGAGUGAUGGAGAUAAUGUACAAUGCCAUGGGUGUUUUUCUGUCUGCAAUAAAAGAUCAUAUGCAUUUUCUUUUUUCUGUAUCUAUACAGACAAGCAAUACUGUAUGCAUGUUAUGUGGUAAACUCCUGUAGUAUUCAGACAGUGAAAUUAUAUUCUUCUAUUGCUCACGCCACAGCGCUGAAAACUCAUCCUCUGUGUCAUGGUUCCACCUGUCACCAGAGGGCUGCAGAGAGACCACCCUAGAGACAAUUAUGACACUCAGGUGUGUUCCAUUACUCAUUAUGAUUUUCACUUUAAAAGAGGUGUUUUUUCUAUUUCUCUUUGCAGAAGCUUGAAUUGUUUACCUUGUGUGUUCGUUUCCUGAGUGAGUUUGACACUUGGUGGUUGUUGUUUUUUCAAGUGUACUGUGAUCCUGCGCCUACCGUUUCUUAGUAAAGUAUUAUGUUUAUCCUUAA